AUGCCUUCCAUGAUGAAGAUCGCCCUCCCUGCCCUGGCUGCUGCCAGCGGUGCCUACGCUGCUUGCAGUACGUCUGCCACCAUGACCAUCCAGAACGCCGGUGACGCCAGCGCCAUCGCCUCGUGCUCCACCUUCUCUGGUAACAUCGCCAUCGCGACUGGCACCACCGACGACAUCUCCCUCAACGGCGUCAAGAAGAUCGACGGCAACCUCGUUGCCACCGACAACUCCGACAUGAAGCAGAUCAGCGCCAGCGACCUCGAGGAGCUCGACGGAGAGAUGCAGCUCGAUGGCCUCACCCGUCUCUACGCUGUCAACUUCCCCAAGCUCAAGAGCGUCGACUCCAUCAAGUGGAACGCUCUGCCCAACCUCCAGGAGAUCGGCUUCACCGCCGAGGUCACCAAGGCCAACAAGGUCGACAUCCAGAACACCGCUCUUCGCUCGCUCAAGGGCAUCAACAUCGAGGAGGUCGACACUGUUUUCAUCGCCAACAACGGUUACAUUGAUGAGAUCUCUAUGCAGCUUGGCAACGUCUCGACCUCGCUGACUCUUGCCGACAACAACGAGGCCGUCAAGGUCGACCUACCCAACCUCAUCUGGGCUAGCAACCUGACCUUCCGAUUCUGUGCUUCAGUUUCAGUCCCCUCCCUCGAGCGCUUGAACGGCUCUCUCGGUCUCUACAACAACGGUUUCGAGUCAUUCGCUGCUCCUAACCUUACUUCCGUCGGCGAGGCUGUUGCCCUUGUCGCCAACGAGAACCUGUCCAACGUCUCUUUCCCCAUGCUCGGCAAGAUCUCUGGCAACCUCCAGAUCGCCAACAACUCCAAGCUCAUCGAGGUGGAUGGCUUCCCCGCUCUUAAGAGCAUCGGCGGAGCUUUCGACAUGAGCGGUAACUUCACUGACGUCUCUACCCCCAAGCUCAACAGCGUUUCGGGUGCCUUCAACCUCCAGUCCACCGACAACGUCACUGAGACUUGCGCUACCUACAAGCCCCUGAAGGAGAAGAAGCUCAUUGAGGGUGGCUACAAGUGCGAGGGCAAGCUCAUCGACCCCGCUGGUGAGGGCCACAAGGGCACCAAGCAGGGUGGCUCCGACGACUCCACUGGCGCCGCCUCGACUCUCAGCGCCGCCACUGGUGCUCUCAGCCUUGCUGCCAUGGCCGCUGUUCUCCUUUUCUAA